AUGAAUACAGUAAAUGUGAACUGGGAACAUUCGCAGAUUGCACGCGAUACGCUGGUCUAUUGUAGUUAUUUUCUAAAUUGUAAUAAUUUAGCUUCAACUUACAACUUCAUUGCGAUUAAAUAACGUGAUUUUAAUUAAUUUUGAAUUUAGUGUGUGUUUCAAAUUGCUAUAGGGCGUAAUGAUAGCAAUAUAUUAUUAUGUGUAUCCACUUAUUUUUAUUUUUUUGUUUUUUUUAAGUGGGGAAAAUCAUCGAAUGACUGCUCCCGCUUGGGUGAGGCGGGAGGGAGUGUCAGACCCUUACUGACUAAAAACCACCCCGUUCCUUCUCCUGCACGUCGAGCCGGAGCCCCGGUUACCCGUUAG